AUGUAUAUAUUAUGCCGGGGCACCACGGUGCUCGUCACGAAUGCGACGGGUCUCGUGGGGUCCAGCGUCGCCGCCGAGCUCCUUGUGGCCGGUUUCAAGGUUCUCAAGCAGCACCUCGAGUUGGAAUUCGGCUCGGCCACCGUCGAGAUCGUCGAGGUCGCCGAUCCGUCGGCCCCCGGUGCGCUCGACCAUGCCGUCCAGGGCGUCUCUGGCAUCAUACACGUGGCCAUGGAUGCUUCCAUGAGCACGGACCCCGACGCGGUGAUCAACUCUGUCGGCAGCUGCAGUACCAGCCUCUCCGAAGCGGCAGCCAGGAGCAAGGACGUCAAGUCGGUCGUUCUCACGUCGUCGAGCGUCGCUGUUUUUGGCAAGACGGGCAAGCAGCCCAUCGUUGUGGAUAAGCAAGCAAAUCAGGAUGACAUUGUCCCGUAUGCUUACAGUGCGAAGGACGACGAUCUCUCCAAGGCAGCUGCCGUUUACAUGGCGAGCAAAGUCAAGGGUGAGCAGGCUGCAUGGGCGCUAGUCAAGGGAAAAGGUUUUGCUUUCAACAACGCCCUUCCCUACUGGUUCCUCACCCCGCCGGGCUUCUUCUGCAAUGAUGUGCGCGACGUGGCACGCGCUCACGUGGCUGCCCUCGUAGCCGACGAGAUCAAGGACCAGCGCAUUUUUGCCAUGACGGAACUCUGGUCCAUCGAGGAGCUCGCCGGCGCCAUUCAAAAAGGCCAAGCCGCACCUGCAAUUGCCUGA